UCUCCCCUUUCGUCCCCCUUGAAAAGGGCUAUAAGCGCCUGAGGCAGACGAAGCGAGACCGGCUCCGACGUGUGAAACUGUGCUAGGCAUCGGGCGGCGGGGCGGUCAUGGCGGCCGGGCUCGUGCUACUGACGGUGGGCUCCUUGCUCUGCGCCCUCAGAGGCGCCUCGGCAGCAGCUGGCUUUAUAAAGUCACCUCUCUCUCAAAAGAAACUGACAGAGGAAAGUGUGGAACUGCACUGUGAGGCUAUUGGCAACCCCAUCCCCGAAAUCCAGUGGUGGUUUGAAGGAACUGACCCCAAUGGUACUGCCAUACAGCUGUGGGAUGGCGCCUGGCAGAACCGGGUCCAAAUCAGCGCAACCUACCAGCAGCACUCUUCAAGCACUAUCGCCAUCACUAACCUCACGAUCGAAGACUCUGGCACGUACGAAUGCUGGGCCAGCAACGACCCCGAUCGUAACCACUUGUCGAAGAGCCCCAAAGUCAAAUGGAUCCGUUCCCAGGCGAAUGUCAUUGUCACUAAGCGGGCCAAAAUCGCAACCUCUCCUGAAGUAACUGCUGGAUCAAAUGUGAUCAUUUCAUGUAACAUAAGUGAAGCACCAACACCUAUCAAAGGCAAUUACUGGAUGAAAGGGGAGACAAAGCUUGAUUCCAAUGUGACUGCUCUGGAUUUUACCUCCUACAUGAUUCCCAAAGUGGAUUACGAAACCUCCGGAGAGUACCACUGCGUCUUUGACACCACGCCCCUCACGAAAGGAACGGUAUUCGUGAAAGUUACUCCCCAUGUGGUGCCCUACAAGAAGACAGAGCAUGGAAAUGAAGGAGACGCAAUAAUCCUGACUUGCAAGUGCAAUUCUUACCCUGCUAUUACCCAGUGGACUUGGUAUAAGGUGGUAGACCAGGUGCCUCAGCCUGUUGCCAACGGCACCGAAGAAAGAUUCUACAUCCAAUCCAAUGGCACCAGGACAGAUCUUCGGAUCAUUUCUUUGAACCUGGAGAAGGACCCCGGGAAAUACGUGUGCAAUGGCACCAAUGAAUUAGGCGAAGGGAGUGCGGACGUGACCCUGAGGGUGCGGAGCCGGCUGGCUGCUCUGUGGCCAUUCCUGGGGAUUGUAGCGGAGGUGCUGGUCCUGGUCACAAUAAUCUUCAUCUAUGAGAAGAGGAGAAAGCCCAAUGAGGUUCCUGAGGAUGACGAUGGAGGCUCUGCACCCCUAAAAGGCAACACUGCAAACAACAUGGACAAGAACGUGCGUCAGAGGAAUGCAAAUUAAGCCCACAGCAAGGUGACACAUGAGACCUAAGCAGACGGCUUAGCUGUUUCUUCUGACACUUUCCUGCUGUAAAAAAAACCAAGAAUAUUUCUAGAACAUCCUUGCAUCGAAAACAAAAAAAGCAGUGAGAGAUCUUUUAGCCUUUUACGUUUUAACCACACAUAAAAGUUUUUUCUUCCCGUC